AUGGAUGAAUUUUCGGAAGGACUAAGGCCUACAGACAGGUCUCUUCCAAUAGCCAAUAUAUCAAAGAUCAUGAAAAAACCUAUUCCUAAAGAGGCAAAGGUUGCAAAGGAUGCAAAAGAGAUAAUGCAAAAAUCAGCAGGAGAAUUCAUAGCUAUAAUAACAUGCCGGGCGAAGGAGAUAUGCGAGUCAGAGGCCCGAAAAACUGUUACUGGGGAGGAUUUGAUAAGAGCAAUGGAUGAGCUAGACAUGCCAUACUAUGCUGAGCUUGCAAGAAAGUAUUAUAUUCAGUAUAGAGAGCUUGCCAAAAACGAGAGGGUCAGGAAAUAUUCGAGAGGCUUUGACUAUGGUAAGCAGUAA